CACUUUGAAGCAGCUUUGGUAAUGACAGUGAAUCUGUUCCCAAAGUACGAGUAACGUAAAGUACAUAACGAAAUGAAUCAAAGAGAUAUUGAGUCAAAGCCUGUAGACUCAUUGGAAAAAUCUGUGAAUGCGGGUCAUGAAUAUGAGGAAGUGCUUGAAUUGAUCGGAUUUGGCCGUGUACAAUGGAUUGUUCUAUUUGCAUCAGGGCUUUUACUUAUGAUGGUCAUAAAUGAGACCAUGGGAAUGUCAUACAUUACAAUUGUGUCGCAGUGCGAUUUCGAUACAAAUUCUAUGGACAAGGCCUUUAUGAGUGCAGCCAGUUUUGUCGGAAUAUUCUGUUCGUCAUAUUUUUGGGGUUAUCUUAGCGAUUCCAUUGGACGUAGACCUGUGUUGAUAUAUACAACAUUAUUUGGAAAUAUUACAUCGUUAAUUUCAAUAUUCAUACCGAAUUAUUGGAUUUAUGUAGUCCUUCGUUUCUUAGUUGGGUUCUUUAUAGCAGGUGCGUCAUCCACAACAUAUGCCUACCUGGGGGAAUUUUUUACGCCUCGCCAUCGUCCGAUUGUUAUCAAUUAUGCUAGUCUAUUUGUUGGAAUUUCAACAGUUUAUGUGCCUGUUGUGGCGUGGCUUGUAAUGCCAAUGAACUGGCGUGUUGAUUUGACUGAGAGCUUUGCCUUUCGUCCUUGGAGGUUGUUGACCAUCUUUUACCUCCUGCCUGGUGUUUUCGGAACUCUUCUGCUAUUAAAACUGCCCGAAAGUCCAAAAAUUCUUAUAUCGAUGGGUAAAACCGAAGAUGCCUUUGCCGCCGUCAAUUGGAUAUCUUUAAAAAACUCAGGCAAGCAGCUUCAGGAUUUGAAAGUCGAAAAGCUUAAAUUCGAAGAAAUCCCUGACAGAGAAAAUGGAGUUUGUGUUUCCAAAUCCGCCUCAGUCAUUUUGAAGAAGAUGUGGCGUGACACUGCUCCCUUGCUUAAGAAACCGCAUUUACUUAACUUCACCAUCAGCUGCACUGUUAUGUGUGGUCUUUUCUUCAGCUCGUCGGGCAUGGGUUUAUGGUAUCCCGAAAUAUUGAAUCGCUUGGGAUCGACCGACGUCGAAGACGCUAUGACUGUCUGCAAUGUAAUUGAUGCCUCGAUUGACCAAUCGGAACUUAACCAAACAUAUUCACAGAUUUGCAACGAUGAAAUUAGUAUCAAGAGCUAUAUAGACACGAUUACCUAUGGCUCUGCUCUUAUCGUUGGGUAUAUUGUAAUGGGCUUUGUUAUCAAUCGGAUCGGUCGUAAAGCCUCUAUCACAGGGGGCUUAGCGAUUGCUGCUGGCUGUGCUGUUGCGUUAAUCUGGAUAAAAGAUGAGGUUGUCAUUGUAGUCUGUUUUUGCUUGUACCUGGUACUUCCCGGCCUAUGUGUAUCGGUUUUGAGUGGAGCCGUUGUCGAUCUGGUUCCCACACAUUUAAGAGGCAAAGCUGUCUGCAUAUGUUUGAUGCUUGGGCGUACGGGCAGCGUUUUGGGUAGUAAUAUUAUUGGAGUACUACUGGAUUCCUAUUGCACCAUAACAUUUGGUGUUUUUUCUGGAUUCGUUUUGGUUUGCGCUCUGUUAACUUUGCUGUUGCCUAUUUAAUGAUUCAGGAAUCCGUAAUUUUUUUUUUUUUUUUGAAUUGAAGACUUUUGUAUAUAAAUGGUAUAUAUAUGACUUGUUGUUGAUUUUAAGGAAAACUUUACAUUUUAAUCAAUAUACUUAUGUCAGCUUCAGUUUAUCAAAUAGUAUAACUUUUCACUGUCUUCGCUAUUAACAUGACUUAACACUGUUUAUGUACAUCUAUGGAAAUACGAAUAUAGUAAAUACAUUUUUAAAUGAAAGUGGAAAGCAUCGAACCAAAA